AUGCCGGCCAACUCUGAGAAGGAGCACCUGUCCAUCGUGAUUUGCGGCCACGUCGACAGUGGCAAGAGCACCACCACGGGCCGCCUGAUCUUCGAGCUGGGGGGCCUGCCCGAGCGUGAGCUCGAGAAGCUGAAGGCGGAGGCCGAGCGCCUGGGCAAGGGUUCCUUCGCCUUCGCGUUCUACAUGGACCGCCAGAAGGAGGAGCGCGAACGCGGCGUGACCAUCGCCUGUACCACCAAGGAGUUCUACACCGAGAAGUGGCACUACACGGUCAUCGAUGCCCCGGGCCAUCGCGAUUUCAUCAAGAACAUGAUCACAGGCGCUUCCCAGGCUGACGUUGCGCUUAUCAUGGUUCCAGCCGACGGUAAUUUCACGACCGCCAUCGCCAAGGGCAACCACAAGGCUGGCGAGAUCCAGGGGCAGACACGCCAGCAUUCCCGCUUGAUCAACUUGUUGGGCGUAAAGCAGAUCUGUAUUGGCGUCAAUAAGAUGGACUGCGACACUGCUGGGUACAAGCAGUCCCGCUACGAUGAGAUCGCCAACGAGAUGAAGAGCAUGUUGGUCAAGGUCGGAUGGAAGAAGGACUUCGUCGAGAAGGGAACGCCAGUGAUGCCCAUCUCCGGCUGGAUGGGUGACAACCUGCUGAAGAAGUCCGACAACAUGGGGUGGUGGAAGGGCUGCGAUGUCGAGUACGGCAAGGAGACCAUCCACAUCAAGGGUGUCGGUGAUGUGCUCGCUGGGCGCGUGGAGCAGGGCGUGGUCAAGCCGGGCGAGGAGGUGGUGUUCUUGCCCACGCACACUGCCUCGAACCCGUGCACUGGCAAGGUGUUCACCGUGGAGAUGCACCACCAGCGCGUCGACUUCGCCAACCCAGGUGACAACGUUGGCCUUAACAUCAAAGGCCUCGACAAGAACAACAUGCCCCGCUCGGGCGACGUGAUGGUCUACAAGAAGGACACUACCUUAGGUCAGACGAAGGAGUUCGACGCGCAGAUCCAGGUGCUCGACAUCCCCAACGAGAUCAAGGUCGGCUACUCCCCGAUCGGCUUCGUGCGUUGCGGGCGCGCGGCUUGCCGCAUCAGCAAGCUGAAGUGGAAGAUGGGCAAGGAGACCGGCGGCAAGAAGAUGGAGGACCCUCAUUCCCUCAAGUCCAACGAGAUGGCCCAGUGCAGCUUCCAGCCCCAGCAGCCGCUCGUGUGCGACACCUUCAAGAAUUGCGAAGGACUGUCGCGCGUUGCCUUCAUGGAUGGCAACGGCGUGGUUAUGCUUGGCAAGGUUAUCUCAUGCGAGCGCAAGGAGGAGGGCGGUGCUGGCGGUAAGAAGAAGUAA